AUGCGCACAGGUACCAACAACAGGACUCAGCAUGGCCUGGAGCUUGAAGUCGAAAAUCUCGGUGCCCACCUGAAUGCUUACACAUCGCGUGAGCAAACUGUGUUUUAUGCUAAGGCCUUCCGCAAGGAUGUAGGACAGGCCGUCGACAUUAUCUCUGAUAUCCUGCAAAAUUCGAAACUGGAUGCUUCGGCCAUUGAGCGGGAGCGUGAUGUGAUUUUGCGUGAACAAGAGGAGGUCGAGAAGCAAGUCGAGGAAGUUGUAUUUGACAACUUGCAUGAGGUGGCGUUCCAAGGCCAGGCGCUUGGUCGCACAAUCCUCGGCCCGAAAGAAAACAUCCUCUCAAUUAGCCGCAAUGACCUGACGAACUAUAUCAAGUCUAAGUACACAGCUGACCGUAUGGUGUUGGUGGGUGCUGGUGGCGUUGAGCACGAAGAGCUCGUGAAGCUUGCUGAGAAGCAUUUCAGCGGUCUCCCUGUAUCGCAGAGCCCCAUUCAGCUGGGCACGAGCCAGUAUGAGCCGAGCAGGUUCAUCGGCUCGGAGGUGCGUGUACGUGACGACACAGCAUCGACAUGCAACGUGGCUAUUGCUGUUGAGGGUGUGAGCUGGAAGUCGCCUGACUAUUACCCGAUGCUCGUGCUCCAGUCUAUUUUCGGUAACUGGGACCGUUCACUUGGCUCCUCGCCUCUCAUGUCCAGCCGUCUUUCGCACAUUGUGUCGACGAACAACCUGGCGAACUCUUUCAUGCACUUCAGCACAUCAUACUCUGACACGGGCCUCUGGGGUGUGUACAUGGUCAGCGAGAACCACAUGAACCUCGAUGACAUGGUGCACUUCACGCUGAAGGAAUGGCAGCGUGCAUCGACAGGUCCAGCGCCAGCAGAGGUGGCACGAGCCAAGUCUCAGUUGAAGGCAUCUUUGCUGCUCGGCCUUGAUGGCUCGACGGCCAUUGCGGAGGACAUUGGCCGUCAGCUCAUCACGACUGGAAAGCGCACGACGCCUCAGGACAUUGAGGCUGCAAUCGACGCCGUCACGCCAAGUGAGAUCCAGCGCGUGGCUCAGAAGUACAUCUGGGACAAGGAUAUUGCUAUUGCAGCGACAGGCCGCGUUGAGGGCCUGCUUGACUACAACCGCAUUCGUGCCGACAUGUCGUCACUCAUCUACUAA